AUGUCUCUGAAACGCUCCUUAAAAGAAUCGAUUGAAAGAUUAACCAGUUUACAAUCAAAAUAUAAUAUUUUCACCAGCAUUAAUCCAUCUCCUUAUUUAAUCACAAAUAAGGAAGGGACAAAAGAAACGUUGACAAACUACGUUGCCAGUAUCAAGGACAAUAUAGUUACAAAAGAUCUCCCAACCACAUGUGCCUCACAUAUACUUGAGAAUUUCAAAUCACCCUUCGAUGCAACAGUAGUAAAAUUACUAAUACAGGCAGGAGUGCACAUCUUAGGCAAAACAAAUUUAGAUGAAUUUGGAAUGGGGUCGGGAGGAAUACAUUCUAUAAUAGGGCCUGUAAUCAAUCCGCUAUACCCUCAUGAAGACAAGAAAAUUAUGGGUGGUUCGUCUUCUGGAGCCGCUGCGAGCGUUGCUUGCGAUCUAGUAGAUUUUGCCCUGGGUACAGACACUGGUGGCUCCGUUAGACUGCCUGCAUGCUACGGAUCUGUUUUUGGUUUCAAGCCGUCCUAUGGACGGUUGUCAAGAUUUGGUGUAAUAGCAUAUUCUCAAUCUUUAGACACUGUUGGAAUUCUAAGCAAAAAGAUAAACGUCUUACGAAAAGUAUUUCACACGCUCGAUAAAUAUGAUAAGAAAGAUCCCACUUCAUUAAGUGUGGAACUGCGUGAAUUGAUAGAAAAAAAUAAAAAGGCGAAGAGCCCUUUGAAGAUAGGAAUUGUGAAGGAAUUCAACCACGAAAGUAUGCCCAGUGAAUUCCCCAAAUUGUACUUUUCUUUACUAGAGAAGCUGGUCAAUUUGGGGCAUGAAAUAUAUCCUGUAUCCAUUCCGUCGGUGAAAAACAGUUUACCGAUUUAUUAUACGCUAUCGCCCGCUGAAGCAGCCUCCAAUUUAUCAAGAUAUGAUGGUAUCAGAUAUGGAUAUAGAGAUUCAGAACUCGAUAUAAAAGACGGUAUUUUAUUUGCUCCUACUAGGUUCAAAUUUGGAACGGAAGUUAAAAAUAGAAUCAUUUUAGGCAAUUAUAAUCUUUGUUCAGAUGCAUUUAAGAAUAAUUUUAUUAAGGCUGAAAAGCUACGAGUAAAUUUAAUUGAUGAAUUUGACAGGAUUUUCAGAUUUCCAAAUGUUUUAACUAAUUCUAAGGGAAAUCCGGAGGGUCUAGAUAUACUGCUAGUACCCACAUCAUCCAAGCUUCCUGAAUCCAUAAAGGAGUUCGAAGAAGAGGAAACGAAAUCUCCGGCUAACUCGUAUAUAAACGAUGUCUUUACAGUCCCCAUGUCAUUAGCUGGACUACCAAGUCUAUCAAUGCCUUUGAGGGAGAAGACCCCAAUUGCUUUACAGAUAGUAGGCCAAUAUGGCGAUGAUUCGACUGUAUUAGAUUUUGUCGAGUCAAUAUCAUAG